CAGUCGUGCUGCCAAGUUUGGAACUCUAAUUCCCCCAUCACAGAGCGGUCGGUCCCCCGGCCCCUGCCACCUGGGCGGGCCCGCCUUCACAAGGUUAUCUCAAGCCUGAGCUCCAGGUGGAUGGGAUCUAGCCGGGUCGUUCUUAAAUCGCUUGUCCUCCCAGGCCUGAUCGCUUCGCACGAGCGCCUGCGUAAUCUCCUCCUGAACAAGCUCGCAACUACAAAACCAGUUGAUUGCCUCUUGUUCUCGUUCCUCGAGUGUCUGCAGUCAAAAGCCUCUCACCAUAACACUUCACCGACUAAUCCUCGCCGUUGCAAGUCACUCCCUGCUCAACUCUGGGUCACCAUUGCGCAAUCAGUCCACAUAGCUGCCUCAUCUGGACGGCUAGGAACACACCCAUUGCGAUCGGCAGGGCACACUUGCGCAACCUCUCCCGAAACCCACUCUUCGCCAAACCCAGGCCCACCCCCCAAUCGUCGAUCCGCUACCAAGCAAGCACAUCAUCCCACCGCCAUAACGAUAUAACAUUCUGACGUCCGCGGAGCUUUUGGCGAUCGGUUGCCGUCCCUACAAGUAUUCUCUUAUAUGCACCGCCCCUCAGGCCAGCCCUCAGAACUGGAACCAUCCUCGAGAACGAAACCG